ACAUAACCACCCGUUCUUGGUGUACAGAGAUGGUCAUGUAAGGGCAAAUAGGAUUAAUGUAGACAUUCGGGAGCACAUACGACAGCUUAGUGCAACCGGAAUGCAACCGGCCUUUAUUAUGAAUUCUAUUAGAGAUAAUUUUCCUGGUUUUUAUGCUAGUAUGAAUCAGAUAUAUAAUAUUAGACAAUCAAUAAGGAGAGAAGAGAUGGAGGGUAGGACUCCCCUUCAACACUGUCUUCAUAUGGCCACAGAACUUAAUUAUGUGGUCUGGACAGACUUGGAUAACGAAGGGCAAUUGAGCAGACUAUUAAUUGCAAAUCCUACCUCUAUCCAAAUGAUACGUACGUGGCCGUAUGUUGUGCUGAUAGAUACAACGUACAAAACGAACAAACAAAAGUGGCCACUAUGUGAAGUGAUCGGAAUGACGCCAACCAAUCACAAUUUCUUGGUUGCGUUUUGUUUGAUGCGAGAUGAGGCGGCUGUGUCGUAUUCGUGGGUGCUGCAGGGAUUGAGAGAUAUUUUCGGCACUGCUCAGACUCCUAGCGUCAUUGUAACCGAUCGAGACGAAGGUUUAUCUGCAGCUAUUCGUGACGUCUUCCCAGAUGUGCGGCAUUUGUUAUGCAUCUGGCAUAUUGGCAACGACGUUGAGAACAUGGUGGACAAGUUGUGUGGCGGCAAGAAAAAUCAACAAGGGCAGGUAUUCAGGAAAAGUAGAUGGAACCCCUUGGUUGAAAGUUCUACGAUCGAGGAAUAUGAAGAUAGAUGGUAA